ACCACAAGGGACUGGAACGGUCCGUCUACCGAUGUCACGCACCACUCCGACGCACAUCACUUCAAGGCUGCUCUCGAAUCACUGUUUUGUUAAACUUAGCCCAUUCCUCAUGUAAUACCACAUCUCUGGUGCCUUUGAGGUACAAUAAAUAGAUAUAUUUUUACGGUAUAACCGCGGUAAAAGGUAAUCCACAGUAAGUGACAGCAUGAUCGAACGACUCUCAAGGAACACCGUUGUAUUGUUGAGCACCAAAUGCUCUAAAGGACCACAAUUUUUUAUACUGCCACUGGCAUGACUUCGCGUUUUAUAAUUUUGAGUGCUUGAAUGAGAAAACUGUUCCUCAUCCUCGGACAUUGUAAUAUGUUUUCUUGAUUCUAUUGUAAGCCACCUCCCAUGCUUUGCCCCUCUUGGCCGCGGGUUGCCUAGGCUACGAAAAACAAGGUAGUUUUAUGAUAAAUUGUAUUCUACGACAAGUUUACCAUAACACAAAUGCGGCCACAUGUUCGGCUAAUCGUUACGUAACAAUUAGCCGAAUGUGUGGCAGCGUUUGUAUUGUGGUAUUGUGGUAAACUUGUCGUAGAAUAGAUAUCAACAUUGCACCAAGCUGCUUUACAUUAUCACUGGAAUUUUCAACGCGCAACCUUAACAGUUUUGCCACUUUCAUGUAUGCUGCACUUACAGGAUUCCUGGGCAAGUUCCUAGCAUGGAAUGCGUUUGUUCCUCUCAGCAGAUUGGCUUUCGGCGUCUACCUCAUUCAUGUGCCGUUCAUCCAACUUAUGUUGCACACAUCUCGAGAGAGAGUGUUAUUCUCUCACUUCAUCGUGAUUUCGCUCGUCUUCACCGCAUUGGUGUGGAGCUACCUGCUCAGCUACCUCAUGCUCAUCUUCUGCGAAGCGCCGACUGCUAAGCUGGACAAGCUCGUGUUCGAUGGGUGUCGCCGUAGCGAGCCUAAGCCAGCUGCCGCCUCCCCGACUGAGGUGGUGACGAACGGUAUCUCCUCAGGAAAGCCUGCUGAGAUCCCGUGUGUCACUGAUGCGUACAGCGCGCUGGAAGCGAAGAGAAGCAACGGCAUCGCCGAUCGCGCAGGUUUCUUUCGCGGAAACGGCCACUCCGUCACUUAUCAGCUGUAGACAUUUUACCAUGUACUCCCCAUCAACAUCAACAACAUCUCCCUCACACAAUCACUGCUCUACUGUAAAUAAAACAGCCUGUCUUUUUCUCU